AAGAAGUUGAAAAGGUAAAUAAUAUGGAGGAUGUAAUAGAGAUUGAAGCUGAUAGUUCUAUGACUAUUUGUGAUUCAAGUGAAGAAGAUGAAGAAGAGAGAGGAGAAAGAAAAGUUAUUGGAGAAAAAGAGAUUUUAGAUUUGAAUUUUGAUGACAAAAAUUGGAUGGAUUGGCCUGUAUUUGUUUUAGAUAAUGAUGAUAGAGGUGAAAGAAGUAGUAAAG